GCUUCUAGUGUAACCUGCGUUUCCCCAGCCGGCUCCUUUGUAGGUCCCUAGUUGCUUGCCAAGACCUUGAGGCUUUGCCAGCUCUGGAGGACGAAGACAUGGCCAGGAGCCCUGACAACACACCGAGGUGGGCAGCCCUGGUGGUGCUGGCCGCCCUGGGCACAGCUGUGACGGAGACCACCAACCCCGGCAUCGUGGCCAGGAUCACCCAGAAGGGCCUGGACUACGCCCGCCAGCAGGGGGUGGCCACGCUGCAGAGGGAGCUGGAGAAGAUCGAGAUUCCCUCUUUCUCAGGAAGCUUUAAGAUCAAGUACCUGGGGAAAGGCGAAUAUAACUUCUACAGCCUGGUUAUCCGUGAAGUUCAGCUGCCCAGUUCCCAGAUAAGACUGUUGCCCAACGAGGGCCUGGCGCUCUCCGUGACAGAUGCCAGUGUCAAGAUCAGCGGGAAAUGGAAGGCACGCAAGAAUUUCAUCAAAACCAGCGGCAACUUUGCCCUGAGUGUGCAAGGCGUCUCCAUUUCGGCUGGUCUGAAGCUGAGCUGCGACCCCGCCACAGGCCACUCCACCGUCACUUGCUCCAGCUGCAGCAACCACAUUGACAGCAUCCGCGUGCACAUCUCAGGCGGCCACCUGGGGUGGCUGAUCCAACUCUUCCACAAAAAAAUCGAGUCUUCGCUCCAAAAGGCCUUGAACAGCAAGAUCUGCGAGGUAGUGACCAAGUCUGUGUCCUCCAAGCUGGAACCUUUUUUCCAGACAAUGCCAGUGACAGCCAAAAUAGAUAAGGUGGCUGGGAUCGAUUACUCACUGUUGGCACCACCGACAGCCACGACCGAGACCCUGGAUGGGCAGCUGAAGGGGGAGUUCUUCAGCCUGGCCCACCGCAGCCCCCCGCCCUUCGCCCCGCCGGCGCUGGCCUUACCCAUGGACCAUGACCACAUGGUGUACCUGGGCAUCUCCGACUACUUCUUCAAUACGGCUGGGCUGGUGUACCAACAGGCUGGGGUUCUGAACCUCACCCUCAAGGAUGACAUGAUUCCAAAGAAAUCCAAAUUCCAUCUGACAACCAAGUUCUUUGGAACCCUCAUACCCCAGGUGGCCAAGAUGUUCCCCAACAUGAGCAUGCAGUUCCUCAUCAGAGUCUCUUCUCCACCGCACCUCACCGUGUCCCCCGCUGGCCUUGCCUGCACCCCCGACCUGGAGGCCCAGGCCUUCGCUGUCCUCCCGAACUCCUCCUUGGCCCCUCUCUUCCUGCUUGGCAUGAGCACGAACGCCUCUGUGGAGGUCGGCGCCGUGUCCGACAGGCUUGUGGGGGAGCUCAGCUUGGACAAGCUGCUCCUGGAACUGAAGCACUCAGACAUCGGCCCCUUCUCGGUGGAAUUGCUGCAGGCCGUCAUGAACUACAUUGUGCCCACUACUGUGCUUCCCAAGGUUAACGAGAGGCUGCAGAAGGGCUACCCUCUCCCGCUGCCCACUGACGUCCAGCUCUUCAACCUGGUGCUUCAGUCUUACCAGAACUUCCUGCUGUUUGGAGCGGAUGUUCUCUACAACUGAAGUCGCCAUCGGUGCUGGGGCGGUCGGCACACCAGCCGCUGAGGGGUGGUCAGCACUGUUCCUGACAGGCCCGUGGGGCCCCCUUCUCCAGGCGGCCCUCCAGCUCUUGACCCAGAGACCCUUGCAAACUUCUCUGAACUCAGGUUUAGAAAUGACCUAAGCGUGGAGAGCCUGUUGCUUGGGAAAGUGUGCGGUGUGUAUUUUAGGGAGUAUGAGCUUCUUUCCAAAGCUAAGCCUGCCCAGACGUUUCCUCCAGGAAUUGCCUUUCAGUUGUGUAACCACAAUAUGUCUCUUUGUGCUUCACACACACACACACACACACACACACACACACACACACACAGAAUGAAAAAGAGAAACACCUGGGUUUUUUUAAUGUGGAA